AUGAAGAUAAACCAUUCAAUUUCAAGGUUUCGUCCGGCAUCUUGGUUCGAAAAAACGAAGAUAAUUCCGCCUCAAGUGUAUAUUUUUAGAAACUUAGAGUUUGGACAAGUGCUGUAUUCCCAGUUCCCCAACUUUUCGCAGAAACAAGUGGACAAGUUGUUUGUGAGACCAAACUGGAGCAACAGAAAGCCUUCGCUGAGAAGAGAUAUCUGGAAAUGCAUGUGUGUGGUGAAUUUGCAAAGCUACCAGCAAAGUGUUCACCUGUACCAGAACCUUUGCCGGUUGAGAUACCUUCGUGACGUAACGCAACGCAAGGAGAGCGACAAGCUAAGAAAAAAGGACUCUAGCGGACACGUUUGGUACAGCGGACAAUACAGGCCCACGUAUUGCCAAGAAGCCGUGGCAGACUUGCGAGAGUCGUUGCUAAGGGUGUUCGAGGGCGAUGCGCAAUCAGAAAAGGAGACAGUACUCGCCAAGAAACCGUCAAUAUACUGGGAGGACCCAUGGAGGAUGGGCGAUAAGGAUAAAUACUGGAAUUACGGGGUGUUCGAUGCUCUAGGAUUGGAACACAAGCUCAUUGAGCGCGUAGGGAACAUUGCAAGGGAAGAGAGCGUAAUCCUGAAAGAACUAGCUAGGCUGGAAUCACAGCCGGCGGAUCAGACAGAAGCGUCUUCGCAGUAG